UAUUGCAUCUCAACAAAAAGCAAAUGAAGAUGUUCUAUCCUUAACAACCACAUUUUCUCUCGAUAUAUUGGCCAUUAUACACAACCUUACCUGCCCCUGAAUUACGUAUCAACCUCAUAUUUUACCUAUAUAUCUUCAUGAUACUAUUGAGUAUCGAGGGUAUUUUUCAUGUUCUCAUACCUACCUUCUAUUCCACGAGGCAGGCUUGUUCCUCUUUUUGCUUCCCUUCCCUUCCCUUCCCCCCAUGUUGAAUAUUGAUUGAGCUGAAGUGUUCAUUCAUUCCAUGGUGUUUGAGCCUUGCCUUUCACCCAUUUCUCGUCCUCCUGUUCCCUCCGUCCAACCCUCAAAGCGGCACCGUGAUCCUUCUUUAUUGGUACUAGCGUCAGCACAAGAGCAACAAUCCAAUCAAUUCAAUUGGCCUUUCGCCGCUCACAAUGAUAUUUCAUGGUAGUCUUGGUAUACAAUUGCCUCAAUACAAUUCACCUAAUCUAUCUGAUCAUCAAGACCGACUCGAUCAACAAUUUGAUUUGUUGAAUCCUUAUACAAAUUAUACCAAUUCUUCAUGGCAUUUCCAUGGUCCAUCAGACGCGAGGAUUAAUAAUAAAGUAUUGACGGAUCAACAUCAGAACCAGAAUCAGAACCGACCGACUGGGUGUCCAACGGCUUCUUCCAUAUCACUACAUAAUACGGCGUUUUCCGGCGCAUUAAUUGCGACGAUGCCUCAAAAGCGAAAUGCUUCCGGUGAACCUAAUGGCUCAAAUGCUCCUGUUGCAAAGCAGAUUAAAUCAGAACAACAUCCAGAAGAAUUCUCAAAUACAGUGAAGAAAAAGUUACUAUCUUCGACGAGAACUGGUCAAGCUUGCGACCGUUGUAAGGUUAGUGCUAACCAUUUGAAAGUCGGGACGAACGACAUCGUUCCGCAUUUCUAUAUUGUUCAAAUCGACUAACGAUGAUGAAUUUGUAUAUAGGUUCGUAAGAUACGAUGCGAUGGAUUACCAGGUGGUUGUUCACCAUGUUUACAAAAUAAUACGGAAUGUCGAACGACGGAUAGGAUAACUGGUCGCGCCACAUCGCGGGGUUAUGUCGAAGGAAUUGAGCAACAGAAUCGCGAUCUGCAACUUCGAAUUCAAGAGCUGGAGCAGCGAUUGUUGCAAAGUGGCGCUGAUAUAAAACCCACAAAUGGAUUUCACGAUUCAGGACCCGGACAAUAUGGAUACGGUCAAUCUUCCAAUGGGAUGCAAUCAACAUGGAGUUCGGCAGGUUCAGCAUAUACUUCACCAACUUCAAUCAACAUGAAUAAUGGCCAGCAACAAGAGACCAAUAUGUUUCGCGCUUUACCUGCUUACCGAGCUGGAUGUAUGGGCGAUAAUUAUCUUGGAGUAUCACCUGGAAGCUCUCAUCUAAGCGCAAUAAAAGGUACGGCAUUAUCGAUUUUAGGUAUGGAGAUUGAUAUUGCGGAUUUUCAUUCCAUCGAUAUGGACGAACCGGAUUCUUCAGUUUUCCACCCUCAACUCUACAACAAAUCAUAUCAAUCUUUCCUUCAAUCGGCUUGGAACGUAAAUCCAAGAAUUGACAAGGUUGAAUUGCCAUCACGUUCAGACGGUCUCACCUAUGCCCAGUGGUAUUUUCGUGUUAUCAACCCAUACUGUCCUCUCCUUCACAGAGGUACUUUCAUGAGAUUGGUAUGUGUAUUCUGAUCCAUAGCUUUUCCUUCAACUAAUAGUCGAUACAGUUGAUUCGGAUGUACGAUGAUGCUACCUUUCGCCCAACUAUUGCCGAGAACGUCAUUGUCCACAUGGUCUUUGCUAUCAUGUUCUUCCAGUAUGCGACUAGAAACUGGGAAGAUGCAGAACAACAGGCGAAUUUGAACUCCCAGUCAAAUAUGCACUACCAUUACUGUCUGGGCAUGUUUUACCAAUUAGCAUGUAGCCAUACAGCACAAGAUGUUCAAGCUCUAGCCUUGAUUUGUAUGCAUCUUCGAAACUUCCCCAAGCCGGGCGCAAGUUGGAUGCUCGCAAGAAUGGCUAUGACUCUUGCUAUUGAACUUGGGCUUCACCGAUCGAUAAAAAGAUGGGCCCCUGAUUCGAAUACGCUUAGCGAACUCGAAAUCGAAAUGCGUAGACGAACUUUUUGGGUUGUCCUAACUGUUAAUGUUACCCUUAGUGGAAAGCUUGGCCGUCCAAUGCCUUUACGGAAUGAUGAUUAUGAUGUUGAAAUUCCUUCGCCAAUUGACGAUGAUUACAUUCCCGGCGAAGGUAUAGAGCCACCUCAUCCAAUUAAAUGUAACCACGAGAUCGGUAUCCAAGCUUUCAAGCUUAUACCAUUUUAUCUGGAACUUUAUUCAACCAUUUAUUCAAUAUCACGUCGUCCAGAUACUUACAUUGCAACUGUCAAUAAAUUAGAGGCCAAGAUCCGUGUCUGGAAGGAAGAGUUACCUUUCCAGCUCGUGAAUGGAGAGUUGGGACAUAAUGAACAAGAAGGACGAGUAUUCGCUCUCUAUGCUCAAUCUUGGUCUCAAGAAUUUCGUCUUCUUCUGCGUCAUCCAUCAGUAUCUAUGACAACAGAUCCCGAUUUCAAUGCCGAAAGCAUGAGAAUAUGUGUAGAGUCUUCUCGGCAAAUGUUAGGAGUUGUCCGCCAACUUCAGAAGUACAAAAGUCUUGACACGACUUGGUACAAUACUUCGGUUUAUGUCAUGGCACUUACAACAACAUUAUUCGCCCAGUGGGAGAAACGUGGCGGGAUAUCGACAGCUGACUUGGCAGCGUUGAGAGAGGAAAUGGAUAUAUGGUUGGAAAUCAUGGGGGAUAUAGGUUCGCUGCUUGGUAAGUGCAAUCUCGUUCAUCCAGAACAACUUUACUAAUUGAUUAGGUUCUGGAACACGACUUAAAAAGGCCGUCCAGGUUGUCACCGACGGAACACUCGGUUUAUUAAGCCGAAAUUUACCGAUCAAGAACGAUAAAAGUUAUGUUUCGGCCAACACGUCCCAGGAAGAUAUGAGACCUACAGAGCAAUCUUCAAAUACCAACGGUAACAAUGCUUAUGCAGUGACAGCUCAAAACUAUAAUUAUACCGAGCCUGCGUCUGCUAGUGGAAGUGCACCUGCACCUAGCUACCCAUCUACCGAAGGACAGAUGUCUCAUCAACAGACACCAUACCCAGUUGCAACUCAAUAUUCGCCAUACCUUGAGUCAGCUUCCAAUACUUCCGAUUUGGCAUAUGCUCAGCCCGAAAAUCAAAGCUAUUCAAGCUAUUCGGCUCCAACUACAGAUUCUGUAGAAGCACCAUUAAUCGCUGCAUUAGCUGCUCAAGCAUCUCAGGUCCCUCCCAAUACAUGGCAUAGAAAUUCAAUCCAAGUUAAUACAGCACCUACACAAGCAUGGCAACAUUGGACAUCUACUAUAACGGGCAACCUUGAACCGCAGGAAUGUUACUCGGCCAGUGCUUUGAUGCAACUAGGAGGGAGGGAUAUGAAUGCUGGUGAUGCGACACAAUUAAAUCCAUCGAUAGGCGAAGUUCCAAAUGGAGGUGUGGGUGAACCGGGACAUUUGGGUGGACAAGUUUCGGGGGCGAUCGCGGGUGCGACUUGGCCCCUUAAUCUUUUCGAUAUUGGUCCCAAUGGUACGGCGGGUUGAUCCUGGAGGUGUUUUGCACGUGAUUGACUUGGGAUGAUUUGUGGAUAUGGUGAUGGUUGGCGUACUGAGGAUAGAAAAAUGCGGUAUAUUGGGUGGUUGGUUUACUUGGAGUUUUAGGGUCCGGGGGCCAGAGGGUUACAUAGGCUGGAUGUAAGGUAUUGGUUUGAUGGUUUGGAUUCGCUCGAUUUUUGAACCUGAGAGUUCUUGUAUUAUAAAGGAAGGGCAGGAGAGACAGGUAGAGAAGAAUGGGGGUUUAGUGGACGAUUUAGAGAUCUGGUAGAAAGAAAGGAAGAAAGGUACUGGGUAGCCCAAGUAUUAUUAUUGAAUCGUCAAUGAUAUGUUCUCGGCUAGUUGAAU